UCUCUAAAUUAUCCACGCCUAUUCUUCUGUUCUUGCCAUUACACAUCUGAUCUCGGUCUCCUGUUUAGGUCCUUGGCUGGCCGUGGUCGUCCCACUAACGCUAGUCGACUCAGUGCUGUGGCUGCUAAUGACACAGAGAAUUGUGAAAACUCUGCCAGUUUCGUACCAAAACGACUCAAACGCCACCCUCAAAUCACUGGUUACACUUCACCUAGCGAACAAGAUGCCGACGGUCGGGCGAUUUCGCUGUCUGGAUUAAGUAACCAUGACAAUGGUGAGGAGUUGAGUCCUGACGGCUCUUGGAAUGACUGGCCUUCAGGCGAAAAACGCUUAGCAAUGGACCGCAACUACUCCAGGCGCAAUGACACUCUUGGAGAUGAAGAUUUCUAUGACGAACAGGCUGGACAUGCCGAAGACGCUGAGGAAGAGGAAGAUUAUCUGUAUUAUAGAGGGGAAUCCUUGGCAAGCCGUGGGCCCGUGCACAUUUCUCGAGAGAAUCAAAGAUCUGGUCCGCCAGGGACAAUACAUCGUAGCAGAGGUAGACCCUCUUCUAUUCAACGCCAUGUUGGCCAUCGCCCGGCACCUCCUAUCUUGCAGACGGACAGACAGAGAGACCUGGCGGUGCCAAAUGUGCGAAACUCGGCAUCUAGUUCUGGUGGGCUGUCGAGACGGCCGGUCCAACAGCGCGAUAGACCGCAGCAUUGGGGUAAACGUCGGUCAACGGGCGGAGGCUCCUCAGAAGAUGAAGUGGAUGGGGUUGAUAGCAUUGCUUAUGAUCGGUCCGCACGUCUUAGUUGUAUCGACGAAGAGGGCGGUGCAGAUUCCGAAUUUUCUUCUUUCUUCGCUUCACAGGCCUACGGACGUGGCGGCUGUUAUGUCGCCUCUCGGUCGGGGCGCAUCUCAAUGCCACGGUUCGCUGAUGAUGAAGACCACAUUUACUACUUUUAUGGUGGUGCCAAGCGGUUGCCACAACAACAGGUUUCCACACAGAAAGUUGGUUCUGGAGCUCCUAUGAAUCAGGUAUAA